UGUGUUGGAAGAUGGCUCUGCGUGUCCCUAGAGGCCUGGGAAUAGCAGCUGUGAUGGUGAUUCUAGUGGUGUGGAGCACUCGGGUGACUGAGGGUGGAGACACUCAAGGGAAUGUCGUGCACCAGUUGAAGGGCCUGUGCUACUUCACCAACGGGACGCAGCGGGUGCGGGUCGUGUCCAGAUACAUCUACAACCGCGAGGAGUUCGCGCGCUUCGACAGCGACGUGGGGAAGUUCGUGGCGGUGACCGAGCACGGGGAGCAGGACGCCGAGUACCGGAACUCACAGGAGGACAUACUGGAGCAGACCCGGGGCGAGGUGGACACAUUGUGCAGACACAAUUAUGAGAUAGACAUCCCCACGGCCUCGAGCCAGCGAGCGCAACCUAAGGUGACCGUCUACCCAUCCAGGACAGAGGCUUUAAACCACCACAACCUGCUGGUCUGUUUGGUGACAGAUUUCUAUCCAGAUCAAGUCAACGUUCGGUGGUUCCGGAAUGAACAGGAGGAGACAGCAGGAGUUGUAUCCACCCCACUUAUUAGGAAUUGGGACUGGAGCUUCCAGAUCAUAGUGAUGCUGGAAAUGACCCCCCAGCGUGGAGAUGUCUACACCUGCCAAAUGGAGCACCCCAGCCUCGAGACCCCUAUCACAGUGGAGUGGCGAGCCCAGUCUGAAUCUGCCAGGAGCAAGAUGCUGAGUGGCAUUGGAGGAUUUGUGCUGGGGUUGAUCUUCCUUGGACUGGGUCUCUUCAUCCGUCACAAGAACAAGAAAGGACCUCAUAUGCCUUUGCCAACAGGGCUCCUGCACUGACUCCUGAAGAUCUCCUGAAGAGCUUUGAUGGAUACUUCUUUCUCCUUUUUUGUAAUGCCUGCCUAUAACUAUUCAUAAUUCCCAGUUGUCUACAAGUAUG